AUGGAGGAAUACGAAGAUCUUGGGCAGUUCUACAGUACUUUCGUCCUCUCGCUCCAACCGAAGCGUCCUCGUCCUUCUCCCAAGAAAUCACAAAAGAAAGCUACGGCGUACAUCCAUCACCCCAAGCAAACACAGCAAUACAAAGGAAACGAAACCGAAACCAUCAUCACCAUCAUCACCAUCAUCACCAUCAUGCCCUCCCUCCUCCGCGCCGCCCUCCCCUUCGCCGCCCUGGCCCACGCCGCCUCGGACGUCGUCUUCAACCCCGACUCAAACCCGCCCCUAAACCUCUCCCCUGUCGUCUUCCGCGAAGCCGCCGCCGUCCCCAAUGCCACCAACGCCGUGCCCCUCGCCUUCGGUGACAGCUCCGACGACACCGGUGCGAACCAAUGGGGUCUCCGGAUCCUCGUAACCGGAAACGUCCCCGUUCGUGACGACGACGACAAUGACGAUGACGAUGACGAUGACGAUGAGGACGUCACCCAGCUCACCGUCAUCUCCCUCAUUGCCCCUGAAGGCCUCAGUUCGGACGCCACCCGCGAGGCCCAGGACGAUAGGGGAUCGUGCGAGGUCUUCAGCUCGCAGUGCAGGGACGCCCUCGAGAGCGCGGCUUCCAACCGGGACGGCUGUGGCAGGGUGGAUAUACCCGAUAGCUGCAGCGAGUGGUUCUCUAGCGACAGGCAGUGGAAUGAUGAAGUAACCUCCAACGCCACCCUGAGCAGCCGCGUCUUCGCCCGCGCCACCGACCCCGAAGACGCCGGCUCCGACGACGCCAGGGCCGCCUAUGCCCGCGCCGUCACCCACGUCUGGCCCGUCGUCGUCUCCCUCGGCGAUUCGUCCGCCCUGCGCUGCCUGCGCGCCUCCGACGUCCACCAGGGCAGUGACGAGCCUGACCGGGUGCCCGACCGUGACCCUGAUGCGGAUGGGGACAGCGACGAUGACGAUGACGAUGAUGACGACCGCAAUGGUAACGGCAGCGGCAGCGGCAGUGGCUCGGGCAGUGGAAACGACGACGAUGACGAUAACGCCGCUGGAAUGGUGCGGGCCGGCGUCUUUGGUGCUGUCGGUGUUGCUGUUCUCGCCGCUGUUGCCGCCUUCUAA